CAAUCGUCAGAGCCAGAGGCCGACGCCGUACGACCGCAUCCAGCCGCGAGUCAACACGGGGUUGAAGAAGUUCAGAGACGACAUGUCGUCUCCGUCUUUAAUACGACCUAAAAGUACGAGGAGUUUGGAGGGAGGAGGACGACCUCCGACUGGCCUGCUGCCUCGCUAUGGGCACAGUCUGCUGGAGGAGGCCAGAUCAGAGAUCCGCAACCUAGAGAAUGUGAUCGAGUCCCAGCGGAGCCGCAUGGAGGAGCUGGAAGGUGCAUCGGAGCUGCUGAGGGAGGAGCUGAGGAGGAAGGAGGCCGAGUAUGAAGAGAGACUCCUGCAGGUCCGGCAGGAGCAGAGCUCCAAACUGAGGACGCACGUCAACAGCAACGUGACGCUGAUCAAACUGCAGAAGCAGCUGGCGGUGAGAUCCAACACCGUGGCUGAGCUGGAGGGGCGAUAUCUGCAGCUGCAGGAGAGUCAGCAGACGCUUAAGCUCAGUCAUGAAGCGGCGAUGGCGAAGGUGGACGAGCUGUCGGCGGAUCUGAAAAACGAGCGGCUGAAGCGCUUGGAGCUGGAGAAGCAGCUGCAGAGUGCCAGCGUCUCCAGGACGAGGAUGGAGCAGCUGCAGGAGAGGAUCGGCGAGCUGGAGCAGGACAGAGACCUGCUGAAGGACAGCAACGAGAAGCUGCUGAACAGCGCCUUUGACGUCUCUCAGCAGGAGAAAUGGCAGCUUCAGGAGCAGCGGCUGAAGCUUCAGAUCUCUCAGCUGGAGACGGCGCUCAAGGCCGACCUCGUCGACAAAAACGAGAUCCUCGACAAAGUCAAGGCCGAGAGAGACACAAACAAGAAGCUGAAAGAAGCAAAUCAGAAGCUGGAGGUGCAGUUCCUGCAGCAGAAGCAGCAGCUGGAGGAACUGAACGAGCAGCUCAAGUUUUACAGUCGGGGGAGCGACUACGACGUGGCCGAACUCACCGAGGCGCUGCUGCUCGUCAAAACACGUAAAUCCCAGAGGAGUGGAGAUCUGGACUUCCUGAGGGAGGCGGAGGAGGAAACGGGCGGCACCAGCAUGGAAAACGCCAUUAAGGAGCUGCGAGCCGCUCACGCCGAAACCAUCCAGGAGCUGGAAAAGACCCGGAGCCUCCUGAGCACGGAGAGCCGGAUCAGCCAAGGCUACAAGGCCGAGCUGGACGCCGCGCUACGCAAGAUGGACGCCGACAAACUCGAGUACGAGCAGAAGCUAGAACGCCAGGCUCAGCUGCUGGACGCCAGGGCAACGAAGAUCAGGAAACUGGAAGCUCAGCUCAGAGACAUCGCCUACGGGACCAAAACCUACAGCGUCAAAGCGGACGCCACAGCCGAGGACGAGGCCGACGAAUCUGGCGAAGCGCUUCACCUGGAGAGUGGAGAAAACCUGCUGGAGCUUCAGAUAGUAGGCGUCACGCUGUCUGGCUCUGCCCUGCAGAUGCUGGGCGAAGCUGAGCCCGCCACCUUCUGUACGUACGCCUUCUACGUGUUCGAGCUGCACGCCACACCGGUGGUGACGGGCCACAGUCCAAAAUACAACUUUACUUCUAAGUACGUGGUUAGCGUGGACGAACGCUUCCUCGACUACCUCCACCGGGGCGCGGUGAGGGUGGAGCUGCACGAAGCGCUCGGUCUGGACUGGAGGACGCUGGCGGCUGGCGAGCUUCAUCUGCAGCAGCUGCUGGAACAGGACGGGAAGGUUCACGGCAGCGUGGCGCUCGUCGGGUCGCGUGAUGAGGCGCGCUGCUUCGGCUCCUUGGAGUUCUGGCUCAGGCUGAGGGUGCCCAUGACGGAGACGCUGCGACUGUACCGAGAGAAGAUGAAGGCGCCUCCGCCAACGACCGGCGACUGGAACGAGCUCUUCAUCACCGUCCGCCGCUGCUCCGGCCUUCAGCCGCGAGGCUCCUGGCAGCCGAGCCCCUAUGUCGUCUACAAGUUCUUUCACUUCCCCGACCACCCCACCGCCACCGUUCACAACCGCCAGGACCCCGACUUCCAUGACCUCAGGUCGUACUCCGUCUCGAUGGAUGCGGACCUGGACCGGUACCUGAAGUCGGAGCUCCUUCAAUUCUACGUGUUCGACUACAAAGAGGAGCAGAUGGACAUGUACCUGGGGAAGGCCCAAGUCCCUCUGAGGACGCUGACCCACGACGAGAGCCUCACAGGUGUGUUUUCGCUGGCCGAUCCCUCUGGACUCCCCGCCGGGAACAUCGAAGUGACUCUGAAGUGGAAGGUCUCCUACAUCCACCCGGUGGACGCCAUGGAGGACGAGCCCAGGUUACUCCUGUGGAGGAAGCGUCAGAGGCCAAACAACAGCCGGAGGGCAAGGAGGCCCGCCGCCAUCGCGCCGAAUCUCAGGCCCCGCUGCCCAAACCAAGACUGAAGACUCAGGUGAAGGGAACGCCACCUGCCAAAAAAGUCACGUUUGUAGAAGGGACAGCCGCCAACCAACAGCUGGACGCGUCGAGCUCAGCCCGGGAGGCGGAGACUCUACCUGCAGCACCUGUAC